CAGCGACAUCCGCUUUUCUCGCUAAAUGUAGAUCUACCAAUGUCUUUAUGAUAUCUACGAAGAUAUAUUUUUCGUGAUUUGUUUUCGAAUACGUAAGACCGUGUUUUAUAUGUUUUGAUUUAUAAAUGAGUACGUAUUAUCAAAUAGGCACUCGUGACAACAACUGGAGGAAAAUCUGGAUUGGCAGUACACCGACUCUCGGUCACAGCUGAUAUUUGUUGCUGCAUAGUACCGUACAUCUGUGUCUCAUUCUACUUGAGCAAUCGUGAAAAGAAGUGCAAAAAUUCUCAUCUAGAGGGACACACGCCAUAAGAUGUAUUGCACAUACAAUUCAUAUUGUUUUCACCUGAAGAGAAACACAGAAAACUGAACUCGAGAAUGUAAAACAAAUUGCCAAUCCGUGUUCUUGUAUUGAAGGCAUUUCAUACUCUGUAAUUCUCAACAACAUAUUCAACAAUGAAGGUUGCAGUUAUUGGAUGUGGGGCUAUGGGCGUACGAAUUGCAGGAGAGCUGGCAUAUCACGGUCAUCGAGUGAAGAUCACUGACAUUGAUGUGAAGGCGCUCAACAGCGUGUAUGACAGACUGCAGGAAGACAAGAAGAUGCUACACUCAGAAAAACUCAUGCCACAUAAAAAUUUUAUUGGACAGAUAUUGUGCAUGAGUCGGCUAGAGGAGACUGUCAGUGAUGCAGAAGUCAUCUUUGAGGUUGUCAAGGAAAACCUGAAUAUUAAGCAGGAUUUAUUUGAACGUAUAUCCCAUCUUUGCAAGCCUGGUGCCAUCAUCUCCACCAACACACUCUGCCUCAAUGUCACAGACAUCUCAGAGAGGACAGUCAACAAGGAGAGGACUAUAGGGCUGCGCUUCCUGUUUCCUGUGUACUAUAUCCCUGAAGUGGAGAUCACUGCUGGCAAACAUACCUCACCAGAGACUAUAGAGAAAGUGCGCAUCAUGCUGGAGAGGAUGGGCAAGACAUUGUUUUUCCGGUCUGGAGGAUUCCCCCUAAUUCUCUCCGAGGAUGAGAGAGACAAACGAAAGCAGGCUCGCCUGGAACAGAUUCAGAGUCUGCAGACAAAGGAGAACACAAUCCCAGCCUUGUCGCAUCGAGGAAACGUCACGCCACGCGUUCAUGAUGAUGAUGCGAUGGUGUCAAGUGAGGCCAUGGACCGUGAUUGCGCCAUCUGCAUGGACCGACUGCGGAACUGUCUGCUGCAGCCCUGCCACCACAUGGUCACAUGCUAUGAAUGCUCCAAGAUGCUCCACAACCGCAAGGAUGGAUGUCCAAUUUGUCGCAAGGAUAUCAACAACAUCAUCAAAGUGUAUCACUCGUAACCGACCUCCAAGGGGUCAUUUGCUGGAUGUGUUUUUAAACCAAAGGUCAAAAUUAUAAG